CACAAUCAACUUGGCCGAUCAGACCAUUCUGACAGCUUGGACCCAAUUUGGACAAUCCAUGGUGGAUCUUUACAAUUUGUACUACAACCGCCUAUCGAACUAUACCAGUGUCGAUCUAAGUGUCUUUGCUUCCGCUAUCAGCAAUAUUCAAAGCACCAUUAGCUACAGCCCCGCACCAAUUCAGGAUUACUCCAUCAGUCAGCUUUUCUCUACCGUCAAAUCAGGCGCUCAGCAGGUCGCAGAUAUUCUGUCUUCGACCGCUGAUUCCAUCAACACUGCAACAUGUGAAUCAUGUACCGCCAAAAAGUUAGAAAAUUGUAAAAACAAGUUUGGUGCUAGGCUAGGUGUUAGCCCACUAACUGUCGACCGCGUGAAAGAUUGUGUCGCUGCCGAACAGACUCGUUUCACCAACAUUGGUUCGAAUGUUGCUGCGCAAUUCAAUAAUAUCCUAACCAGCGCUACGAAUUAUCUAGCGGUGGUGAACGUUUGCGAUACUCCGGCAGCGGAAGUUUUGAACAACCCAGCCCCUGGCCAAUGGAUUUCUACGCAAUGCCUGUCGGACUUCCUCCAGAAUGUUAACGGAUUUUCAGCUGGUGUUUGGGUAGCGGACAGUAUGCGGUCUUAUCAGACACAAUUGGUAACCUAUCGAAUGGAACGAUGCUCCAAGCUAGUCGAAUUGGACAUCCAGGAUCGUGCUACUAAAGUUCUAGAAGACUUUUUCAGUUGCUUGGGAUAAGACGA